AAAAGCGCUCAAAAUUGCGCCUUUCAAAAACCCUAGGAAAGAAGGAGUCACCAAAAACAAAAAGCCCUAAAAACCCAAGAAAUACCCCCUCCCCUCUCGACUCUCUUUCAAAACAAAAGGAAGCAAGCAAGCAAACAAAAACUCUAUCGAGAGGGAAAGGGAAAAUAUCUCUUCGAACCCAAAAGUCCCACUCUCUGAAAAAAAAACCGACGAUGGAUUUUGAAACUGAAUCGCAGAAGAAGAAGUGCGGGGUUCUUGGAGACGUGCUCGGUGGGGUCACCAUGGUGCUUCCCAAGGAGCUAGACGAACCUAUCCCUCUACCUUCUCCUCCUACUCUUGCUGUUCCUUUUGAGCUUCGAUUUCAACUCCCUGAUCUCAAGCUUGCUGUUAGCGAUUUCAUGAGGAGUAGAGAAGCCGGUGAGUUUCUCAGUGGGGCUUUAGCAGGGGCUAUGACGAAAGCUGUGCUUGCGCCUUUAGAAACCAUCAGAACAAGAAUGGUGGUUGGUGUUGGAUCCAAAAACAUUUCUGGUAGUUUCUUGGAGGUGAUUGAGCAGCAGGGUUGGCAGGGACUGUGGGCUGGAAAUGGAAUCAAUAUGCUUCGUAUAAUUCCUACUCAGGCAAUUGAACUUGGAACAUUCGAGUGUGUCAAGCGAGCGAUGACAUCAGCACAAGAGAAAUGGAAUCAGAGUGAAUGUCCAAGGGUGCAACUUGGUCCUCUUAGUUUGAGCUUUUCUCUCUCCUGGAUUUCUCCAGUUGCUGUGGGUGGUGCCGCUGCUGGGAUUUUUAGCACACUUGCAUGCCAUCCUCUCGAAGUUUUGAAGGAUAGAUUGACUGUGAGCCGUGAUAUAUACCCUACUUUAAGCAUUGCAAUUAGCAAGAUUUACAAGGAUGGAGGGAUUGGUGCCUUCUAUGCCGGGAUUUCACCUACACUGAUUGGCAUGCUUCCAUACAGUACAUGCUACUAUUUCAUGUAUGACACGAUGAAGACAUCUUAUUGUAAGGGAAAAAAUAAGAAGUCACUAAACCGUCCAGAGAUGCUCCUAAUUGGAGCCUUUUCUGGUUUUACUGCUAGCACCCUUAGCUUUCCAUUAGAGGUGGCCAGGAAACGGCUAAUGGUGGGAGCUCUGCAAGGUAAAUGUCCACCCCACAUGGCAGCAGCACUUUCAGAAGUAAUCAGGGAGGAGGGAUUGAUGGGACUUUACAGAGGGUGGGGUGCAAGUUGUUUGAAAGUGAUGCCUUCCUCAGGCAUCACUUGGAUGUUUUAUGAAGCUUGGAAAGAUAUACUACUUGUUGAGAAACGGCUUUUAUAACAGCUUUGGCAAAAAAAUGCUGCAUCAUGUUCCUUCGGAGGACAAUGUUGGGAUUGUCAUAUCAUAAUCACAAGGCGGAAGGUGGCAGCUGGGCCUGCUGGUGACUGUUCCGGUGACCCAGGAUUGAAUCUUUGGAUAUAAGAGGUUCAUGGAUAUCAUCAUUAUAUGAUUGGGCUAUCCUUUUAUGUAAUGCCCAUUUCAAUUUCUGACCUAAGCUAAAUUUAUCAGCCGAGCUUCAGAAUAAAAAAAAAAAAAAGUUUUGGCGUCUCAUAA